UUGAAAUGAAAGCUCACACAAUUGGGAAGUUCGGCAACUGCACAAGCUCUUUUCAAUGAGUAGAACUGCAGAAGUGUUGAAACCGCAUAUCUAAAUCUGCUGACAGGAUAAAGGAUGUCCGACCAGGAUGAGCAGAACAAGAAACCGACUAAAGAUGAGAAGGAUGACACCUGUCAACCGCAAAAACAAGGUCAUGAAAAUGAUGAAAUUCCAGGUUCGAGUUCCGCUCAAUCCACAACUUCCGCGUUUGAAAGCGUGUCACAAAUGAAGCCACAACAGGGUCAGAUAGCACAGGGCCAAAAUUUACCCCCACGGAAGUUUGCACCCUUAAUUCAUCACCGAUGUCCAAUUCGAGCUUAUCAUUCCGCCGAAGAAACUAUGAUUCAGCCAGAAAUGCAAAAUAAUAAUAAUAAUCUCCAGCAACAACAAACACAUCAAGAAUCUGAGGUUGGGGGUAAAAACCUUCCAAGACAAAAGUCAUUCUCGACAGAUGCAAUUCGCCCAGAAUCCUCCCCAACGGAGUCGACCAACAGUAGCAACUUGAAAAACUACAUCUUUCAGGGUAGGCUUUUUAGAAAGAUUAAAGUGACUCCGAGCAACACGAGCACUUGCGACGCGACAAAAACAGUCGUCGUCCAGGACGUUCUUCUUACCCAGUCUCCCGCACUGUGUGCGUCAGGACAAGGCAAUAUCCUCAUGGGACGAAGGCUCUGCUCGACUGGGGGGUGCAAAAUGGGAGAGACUUGCAUCAACGUGAUCAAUGUCAGUGGAAGUACAGACUCGUUGGAAAAUAUUUGCAGAAUUUGCCAUGAUUCUCCCAGCUCGGAAAAGUUGAUAAAGCCGUGUCUCUGUAAAGGAUCAAUGGGUAAUGUCCAUCGAACUUGUUUGGAAAGAUGGUUGGGUGAGUCGGGGAAAGGUUCGUGUGAAAUUUGUGGUCAGGAAUUUAACACUGUUCGGGUUCCAAAAUACAGAGGACUUCGAAGUUUUAUUGCUUGGGUUCGACAUCCCAUGAAUCCGACUGACAGCCGGUAUGUCAACAUUUAUGUUGUGACCAUUAACAAUUUCUUUUUUGACUUGGCUUGCUUCUUUAUUUUGACACCCCUCGCCCUGCUUUCCGGUUGGCUUUGUAUCGUUGGUGCAGAAACUUAUGCAAAUGAUCAGCAACGUAAACUUCACGAAAGUCAUCUGCAAGGGCAUGAGACGCUGUCCAUGCGGGGAAGAAGGGACGUGUCCAACUCAACGUGGACUUCGAUCGGCUUGCUUUCCCUGACCGGAACUUUAGUCGCGGCCUAUAUGAUUUGGAUUUUCGUCGCAUUUCGCUACCACAUCCAAGUAUGGCGUGAAUGGCAGCAGAGGAACUACAUCGUGACCAUUGUACCCUUGGCCAACGGAGAGUUCUGCUUUCCCCCAGCUCCCCCAGAGGAACGCGUGAGCAGAAGUCGAACCCAACAUCCUGACGGCGAAAGACACCCCAGACAAAAUCGAGAUUCGAAUGAAAACCUGAACGAAGACGAUGCUUCUCCGACGACCAGAUUCAUUCAGCAACUGUUCAUCCCCUCCCUGGCAAAUUGGGAAGCUGCCAACAAUGUAAAUUCACCAGAUAAUAGCAACGCCCGAGACAAUAAUAAAAACAGUACCCAUGCCACGGGAGAAGCUUUACAUAAUGAGAACGGAGCCACUAAUUGUUCUCGGAAAGAAUCAGAUAACCAAAUAUUACACGAUUUUGACGACCAAGAGCCAACUUCUGUGCAAGUUGUGCCCUCAAAAAAUGAAUCUGGGAUGUGUUAAGGCGGGUCAUUAUUAACUAGAAUCAAAAUUUGGAACGUAAAUAAUUAUUAUAAAAGUUUUCCACACUUUGUACAACAUUCGAAACAUUUUUUAGCAUUGAAUUAAAGCCAUAAAUUGCAAUUAUCAUUAGUAUUUACAAACUAUGAAUAAAGCCUUGGUUUUCCAAUUCGGUUAUAUAACUCGAUCCAUCUGUCAAUUGACUCUGUAAAUCCGUGAACACAGUUCCGCUAAUGGAUCAAAAUAAAAUCAAAGCAUUUAACACAAGGAAACCGUUGCCUUUCAAACGUCGUGGUGCAUCAGACAAGGAAAUUAUUUGACAAAGAGCUGUUCCAUUUUAUUAGCCGGAAUUAUAUUUCGCCUACGGGUAGACAAUCAAGAAAAUAGAAACAAGUCAUAAGAAAGACUUACAUAAGCUUCAUCAUCCCGAAGACUUAUGUAUAAUGCCAUGUGUGUAGGUAUGUAUUGCGCUACAGCUAUGUUUUUCAUUUACAUGAUACACGACCAGAUUCGGGGAAUAGGACUGAAUAGGAAGUGAACGAAUACAAGAAAUAGAGUGGGAAGAAUAGCCACCAAAGCAAAUACUUAUGCAAGUAUCCAACCUGCCACAAAAUUCCAACUCCCCAUAUUUCGUAUUUCUAUGCAGUUGUAACAUCAUUCCAUUUUAUAUCAGUUUCAAAAAAAAGAUUAAUAAAGUAUAGUUAAAGUGUUAAAUUAAAGUAAAUAUUUUGCUGUGAUAUUUAGCUUUUGGAUUUAAAGUUGGGUGAAAUAUUUGAUAUUUCUCUUAAAGGAGAUUUUGUAAAAGGUCAAUACUAUUUGUGCUACUGCCAACGUGGAAUUAUUCAGUUUGUUAAGGAAAUAGUGAAUAGGAGCAGCCUAACAAAUUUCGUCCUCUCAUAUCAUCAUAUCAUCGGAGCCAAGACUUAUCC